AAAGAUAUUAAGUUUAAGAGAAGAAGCAUUUAAUAAAGGUAUUAACAAAAAAAAAAAAAGGAUUUUUCUAAUAAUUGAAGGCUUUUUAUCUUUUAGGUACUCCAUACAAUCAAGUCAUGAAAGAGAUUUUACGAGCAUCAUCACUAGCUAAAGACAUACGUGAAAUUUAUACAGCCAUUUCAGCUAAUAAAGCAGCCCAUGUAAUCAUUAAUGAUUUUAUUGAUCUGUCACUUCAAAUACCCAUAAUGAAUCAUGAUCGAGGCAACACUACACUUCCUGUACAUGACAAUCAAGUGGGUAUGGACGUUAUAAAGACCAGAGAUAAUGCAUCCUCAUUGAUGGAUAUUUAUAGUGUGGCUGGUUAUGAAUAUGAUAAUUAUCCUGUCAUUUGUCCAUAUCACACUUUAUUGUUAUUAGAGGACCCUGAGGAAGUUCUUAAGAAUAUGCCAUUGGAUGCAAGUCCCACUUUAGUUCAAUUAGUACAGAUCUUAACUCCCACACAAAGUUUACAAGAGCUGCAUUUUCUUUUAGAUUGUUCGUUAGCACAAAUAUAUCGUUUAGCCGCACAUUUGAUCUAUUGGCGAAAAGCAAAAUUGAUUCAUACAAUUAAUACAAGAAAUAUAUAUGUUGUUUCCCCAAAUGCAAAACUAGAUGACAUAGCAAGUCUUGAAGUUGAUUUUAACUUACAUAUUCCCAAUUUGAGCUUGUCUGUCUUAUUAUCAAAACUACAGCAAGUUCAACAAUACCAUCAAGUCUAUCAUAUCAAGGAGCUAAAAAAUCAAUAUUUGGAGGCCAUCACUUAUCUUAUACGUAAAGAUCUCGUUGUUCAAUUACAUAUGUAUCUUGUUUUACUUGAGCCGCCAGAAAAGAAAUCAGGUCAGGAAACUCCUCAAGUGGAACAAUCAGAAGAUGCUUUACCCACUAACGGUAGUCCAAAUGACCUUGAAUUAAAUCGAUUAAAGCGAUUAACUUAUGAACGAGCACCUAAAGAAGUAGCAGAUUUAUUUGAAAGGUUAAGGCCUUAUAUGAAUGGGCAAUAUCAUAUUGAAGAAAUUAUUUAUCGAGAAGGUAUCUCUAGAAGACAGCUUGGUUUAGUGUUGAAAUAUUAUAGAGAUAGAAUUGCAACUGUCUAUCACUAUUAAUAAAUAUGAAAUGUAUAUAAUAAUAAACCUCUUUUUAUUUCCAUUCUUU